AUGGCUACAAAAAGACCACCAGGAGCAGAGAGCGGACACAAGUUUGCCAAAUCCCUUUUAGAUCUGCACAUCCAGUACCCCAGUAUCACCAGUGACGCCCAUCCCAGCAAAGCAGCUCACAGAGUGAUGAAGAAUGGAGACGAAUACACCACACAGCCCAAGAUGCCCGAUCCUGCUGAAAUGGAGAGAAAAGAUCAAUACACCUCUUUGGCCAAGAACGUUCCCCGUUCUGCCUUCUGCCUUGCCUCUCUUCCCACAUACCCAAGAGAGCCAUUUCUAAGUUCCUUUCUCAUCUUUCUCUCUCUCCUUCCAUCCUUCUACUCCUCUCCCUGCACAGUUUGCUCAUCUGUUCUUUCCUCCCCUGUCGAUUCCUCGCCCCCGCCUGCCUCGGGAGGCGGCCUCUCCGUGUCCCGCUCCUCCCCUGCCUUUGCCGCGUCUGCCUGGGGGGGCGUGGAGGGCGGGGGGGCUCGCCUGUUGCCCCCGUUGCUGCAGGAGCAGUCUUGGGGGGUCUGCUCCCACCAGGCCUUUCUCCUCUUCUGCCUGGCCCUUGGGCCCAGUGACGUUAGCGUUCACUGGCACUCGAAUGGGCGGAGACUCCACGCACACGUCACGGAGUACAGACACGCCCUCACCCAUGACGCUGUCCUUGUGAGCAGCUGGGUGAGGGAGGAGCCUCUGGGCAAACACGCCCAGUACCAGUGUGUCGCCGUGUCCAGUUCUGGAAAUGAUACGUCGAAAAUUGACCUUCUCCCCGGCAGCAGAGGUAAUGGAUCCAGAGAUGAGGCCAAUGUCUUCUCUAGAGAGCUGAACGACUGGAGCAACGCACUUGCCGAGCACGACAGACAGCUUCAGAAAUGGAAGCAGGCCUGGGAAAGCUGUGAUGGACAGGGGGUGCUCUGAGAAGGCUCUGCUCACUCAGGAUGAGUUUCCACGGCAAUGUGACCUGGAGUGAAAUCCCAGGGUGCACUAGCCACGGCUGUUGCCUACACCCAGACGUCCAAGAUCUGCUCUGGUUGUGGCUGUAUAGCAUGAGGGAUCUCCUCCUCUCUGGAGAAUAUAUGGAAAAGCUCUCCAGUCACUUUUCUGAUGGUGGAAAUUAGUUUUCUGAAAAGCAGUGAUAUUGAAAACAAUUCAAGAAGUCAUCACGUGGAUUCAGCUUGCAGUUAGUGAUGAUCAGUUAAACUUACUACUGGCCUUUUUUAGUGUGAGGCUUAAAUUCAGUUCAAAUGAACACAGCAUAUGCAAAAAAAAACAAAAAAAACACCAAGACACCUAAAAUCACAUUGUUUUCUCUUCUUUCUUUCAAAUGAGCUUUUAUGCUGAUCUUAGACUCUGGCUGAGUGGUUUAACGUUACCUGUAUUUAAAAAAUGAUGAGCAAUCAAGUGUCCCUUUAUCCUUCAUCCUAUAUUUUGUGUACACUGUGUGUCUUAUUUUACUUUUUGAGCCAAAGGUAUGUGUGGUGGUGUUAAUUUUAAUGCAAUAGCCAUUUUUGGGGAAUAACUCAAAGAAAUCACAUGAAAGUGUUGUCCAGGCAUUUACAAUGAACAUAAACCUCUGGACUGAAGGUAGGAAUACAGUAUUCAUAUAUUAUGACAUCUAUUUUCUUUCUAGUUUUCUGCCACUGAUCUGAUGUUUCCUUUUUCUGUAUUCAUAAAGAAAGCAAUUAAGUUUCAUUGCUUUUGAUUCAUGGAAGGACUGUUAACAUGUUUUACACUCCAGGGUAAAGCCUAUUAUUAUUCACAAUUGUAUGCAACAUUGAAUACAUUUAAUAAAUCAGAUAUACAAUA